AUGCGUUUUAAAUAUUCAAAAACGUUUUUAGAAGCACAGGAAUACGAGAGUCCUAUUGCUGAUAUAAGUUGGUCACCAAACAAUGUGAAGCUUGCAGUGGCAACCUGUGACCGAGUUGUGUUAUUGUUUGAUCGGGAUGGUGUGCGGCGUGACAAAUUUAGCACUAAACCUGCGGACCCCGCGUCAGGAAAAAAAUCAUAUGUUAUAACGAAUAUAUCAUUUAGCGAGAACUCUGAAUUGUUGGGGAUAGCCCAAAGCGAUAAUAUGGUCUUCGUAUACCGCGUUGGCGCAGAUUGGUCUGGGAAGAAAGUGAUCUGCAAUAAGUUCCCUUUGACUGGAGCACCGACACAGCUGUUGCCGGCAGACAACGGGUUCUUUACUGCCACUACGGAUGGGAAGAUAAGAUCGUUGGAUUGUAAAGUCAAUAAGAGUUCCAGUCUUUGGACAGUCGGAGCAUGUUGCGUAUCAUUGGCCAAGGGAGGGGAAGGUACCCUUGCUUCAGGCCAUGUCGAUGGUACGCUGUACCUUAACGGUAGGCUGCUUCUGCGCUACGCAUUGCCCCCUACCGCUUUAGUAUUACUGCCGCCUUAUUUGAUAGUGGGCUCGUGUGACGGUCGAGUGACAGUGUACGAGGCGCAGCGUGGCGCUCUCUUACGCAGCAUUGAGCCUCAACUACCGCCAGAUCGACGCGAUAUUAUUGCCGCUGUUCCAAGCCCUUCUGGACAGACAAUAGCAUUUGGGGUAUUCGACGGGUGUCUGGUAGGCGACGUGAAGGAGUCCGGUGUGUUGGAACUGUCGCCGCUGCAGAUACCGAACUUGUAUGCGACUCGAGCACUCGCGUGGAGCGCCGAUGGUACCAAGCUAGCGGUCGCCUCGCAGACUGGUGCUGUUAUACUGCUUGAAGCUGUUCUGAGACGGUGGGUGUGGCGCGACAGCGUGGAGGUGCAGCACGUGAGCGGCCGGCAGCUGGUGCUGCGGCGGCUGGCCGACGACGCGCCCGCACUCACCGUCACAGCCAACCACGCGCCAGACAUAUACAAUGUCAGGCUCAUAGGGAAUGAUUGGUAUGCAGUUUGUCGGACUAGUAGUUCAUUGAUUCUUUGCGACAUUGCUCGUGGCUUGACUAGUGAGAUUCCAUGGACGGGUAGCGGUGAACGUAUAUAUGCCGCUGUCGGAGGAGCCUGCUUGUUGCAUCGUGCUGGAGAAUUGAGCGUCGUAGAAUAUGGACUUAAUAAAGUUUUGCAUACCGUACGUACGGAACGAGUGAAUCCGCACGUAUUGAGCGUGAGGAUCAACGAGGGUACUUCGUCGUCGAGUGGCCGCGACCGUAAGCACCUCGCUUACCUGCUCGAUAGGCAGACCAUCGCUGUUGUUGAUCUUUCCACUGGCAUACAACUGGCACAAUGGUGGCAUGAAGCACGUGUAGACUGGCUCGAACUUAACGAGAGUGGACAGCUGCUGUUAUUGCGUGAUACGCGCCGUAGACUUGCACUCCUUCGUCUUCACAAUGGUGACAAGGAAAUUAUAGCAAGUGGGGUCGGUUUCGUGCAGUGGAUUGAGAACAGCGAUGCAGUUGUGGCACAAACUCCUACACAUUUAUUAAUUUGGUACACGGCAUGGGAGCCGGGUAGCGUGGAAAUGGCGGAAUGUAGCGGCGGUGUAGCCGUGGAGGUGAUCGCACGUCGCGUUAUGUUCGAUGGUGGUCAGACACCGUACUUGCAACUCGACGAGCACCGACUUGCUUUCAAUAAUGCUCUACGAAGCGGCGAUUUGGUGGGGUGUGCUGCGUACUUGGAUGGCGUGGGAAGCAGCGCCGACGUGGCACCACUGUGGCGACAGUUGGCUGACCGCGCACUUACUGAUGGUGAUAUACAACUAGCAGCAAAAUGUUAUCGAGAAGUAGGCGACGAAUCCCGCACGUUUUACCUUGACAAAACCGUGGAGUUGGCUACAGAAGAAGGUGCUGAAAAUAUUAAUGCAGGAUUAAAAAGUCCAUUAGUUCGAGCAAGGCUAGCAAUAUUUGCUGGGGACUUGGCAACCGCUGAGGAAUGUUACGUCAAGAAAGCCGGUCGCCCUGAACUAGCUAUUAGCAUGUACAAGCAAUUCAAUAGAUGGACAGAUGCAAUAGCUCUUGCCGAGAGAGUAGACCGUGGAUUGGUGUCAACUCUCAAGCAGCAGCACAUGGAUUACUUAUAUUCAACAGGUCGAUUGGGAGAAGCAGGUGCGGUAUUAGCGGCUUCUGGAGAUGUACAAGGUGCAGUGAGGAUAUGGCUUAAAGGUGGUAGGGCACGACGUGCUGCUGCCUUACUCCUACAGCACUCCACCUUGCUACGAGACUCGGAUUUGGUGGACGCUGUGCGAACACAGCUCAUACAGGAAGAAUGGUGGGAAAUGGCUGGUGAGAUCGCGGAAAGAAGUGGUGAAAAUCAAACUGCUGUGGAAUAUUAUGCCAAAGGAAACAAUUUUGCUAGAGCUGUACAACUUGCUCGAGAAGCAUGUCCAGGCGAGGUGACGCGGCUGGAGCUCGCGUGGGGCGCGUGGCUGGUGAGCGCGCGGCAGGCGGGCGCCGCGGUACCUCACCUCAUCGAGGCGGGCGACACGCGCGCCGCGCUCGCAGCCGCACUCAAGGCCCACCACUACAGGAAGGCGCUGCACAUCGUCGAGGUCAUUGAAGACAAAGAAUCCAUUCGUGAAUUCUGCGAACAGUUGGGUGACCAUUUUAUAGCAACACAAGAAUGGGAGACGGCCGAGCGCGUGCUGGUAUCGUGCGGGCUGGCGGAGCGGUGCGUGCGCGCGUACAACACAGCCGGGCGUGUAGCAGACGGGCUGCGGGUGUCGGCAGCGCAGCUGUCGGAACGCGACACGCGCGACAUCUACCUGCCACUCGCGCGACAACUGCGCAGCGACGGCCACAUGCGAGCCGCCGAGCUCAUCUACAUCGGCCUUGGCGAGCCCGACGAGGCCAUCUCUAUGUAUAAGGAUGCGUCACAAUACGAGGCUAUGCUGAGACUGGUGGCAGCACACAGGAGUUCUCUGUUGGAAGCAACGCGUCGUCAUGUCGCACAAGCACUGCAUGCAUCCGGAGAUUUACGUGCCGCUGAAAAUUAUUAUAUACAAUCUGAUGAUUGGAAGAGUGCAAUCCAGAUGUACAGAACAGCUGGACAGUGGGAAAGUGCUGAGCGCGUUGCCCGGGCUCAUGCACCCAGUGCGGUGCAACAACAGGUAGCUCUACAGUGGGCCGCGUCUCUGGGCGGCGCGCCAGCCGCCCGCCUGCUGGCCGCUAGAGGGAUGGCGGCGAUAGGCGCACGCUGGGCCUUGCAGGCACAGAGAUGGGACAUAGCGAUGGAGCUGAGCUCAGUGGGCGGCGGCGUGUCGCGACGCGAAGUGGCGCGGCACGAGGCAGCAGCACUGGCGGAGGAACAGCCCGAGGAGGCGGAGGCAGCGUUCGUGCGAGCUGGCGCUGCUGACGACGCCGUGCGCAUGUGGACCGCGCGCGGGCAGCACGCGCGUGCGCUCGCGCUCGCCGAGCGGCACGCUCACCACAUGGUGGAAGAGGCUUUGGUGGAAGGUGCGCGUGCUGCGGCCGAGCGUGGAGACUUGCCGCAGUUCGAGGCGCUGAUGAUUCGCGCCAACAGACCUCGGGAAGUUGUGCAACACUACAAAGAUCUUGAGCUUUGGGAAGAGGCAUCUCGUGUAUCUCGUGAGUAUUUACCUGACAGCGGUGAGCCGGUUCCGCCUACCGUACCACCGUUGCUACAGCGCGCUGCAGAACAUGCCGACAGGGGCGAGUGGUGGGAGGCGGUGGAGCUGCUGAUAGGCGCGAGUGCCGCGGGCGCGGCAGGCGGCGCGGCGCGGCUGGCGGAGCGCGCGGCGCUGCGGGCCGCCCGCCUCGCGCGCGACCACCUGCCGCCCGCCGCGCGCACCCGCGCCGCGCACAUGCUCGCAGACAGGUUCGCAGCUAUUGGUCAGAGCGACAUCGGGGAACAAUUACGGGGUGCAUUGACUGAAGGCUACGAAGGCGAUGAUGAAAUGCCAGGCGCAUCAGCACAAGAUGAAUACGAGGAGGAAGCGACGGCGAGUCCGGUGGUGCGCGAGCCGGAGCCGGACGCGGAGUCGUCCGGCGAAGCGGAGGCGUUGGAGCGCCUGGCGCGCGCCGGACACUGGCAGCGCUGCCUCGCGCGCGCCGGACGCGCCGCCGGACCGCACUACGCGCUGCGGUACGCCGCGCACCUCUUCAAAGCACACCCCCGUAUGGAAGGUGUGGACAUAGAGAGCGAAGAAGCGCCAGAGGGCCUAUCACAGGCGUUGGAGGCACUCCGAGAACACCUGGUAGUUGCGGCGGCUGAUGGAGACGGCACAGUGCUUGUGUCUAGCAGCGACACAGCGUUAUCGCGUGCGGUUUGUUCUGAAUUGUUACUGCGCGCUUCGCUGUCGCCGCGCUCGCUACGUACGCUACAGGACGCCGCUGCGGUGUUACUAGCCUCCGGGGCUGACCACAGGGCACUGCAGGCUAUAACUCUCCUAAUGGCUCUGCAUGUCCCGCAAAUUGCAUCUCAAGCUGCGCGUUCUCUGCCGCGGUACACUGAUAUUAUUGUCGCUGAUGUCACCUACUAUAUAUGCGGGUUAACAGUUCGAACUGAAGGUACUAGUGGAUUCCGUGAAGCAUUCGUGCUGCUUAACCGAUGUCUCGAUUUGGUGGAGGCGGCGGAAGAUGAUACCGUUCAUUUGCUUGACUACACUGAUUUUGAGUGCACGGACUGGUCGCGACAGCCAUUGGUGGUGUCGGGCGGCGGUGGUGGUGGUGGCGAGGGCGGAGGCGCGGUGCGCGGCGCGGCGCUGCACGAGGCGCGGGAGUGGGUGCUCGCCGUGUCCAUGGACCAGGCCGUUGAACAGACCUUGCCUGUGGAAAAUGGGGGUCAAUACGCGAGCUUUGUGGGCGACGAGCAACAGUGUUGUGUUAUCACCGGAUAUCCACUGGGGACUCGCCUCGUUACUUUCAGUAAUGGGCGGUGUGCGAACCGUUCGUGGUGGUCGCGGGUGUCGGGCGCGGCGCGGGGCGGCGGGGGGGCGGCCGCGCUGCUGCACCACGUGGCCGCGUGGUGCGGGCCCGCACACCACGCCGCCCUGUGAACGACACGCGCCACCUCACCACACCCGAUCACAUCACGUACACACUAUAGCACCAUGCAUGACACAGUAGGUGUAUUGUUAUUAAUUUCAUGAUUAUCAUUAAUAAUUAAGUGUCGAUUACACUUAUAGAAGAU